CUGAAGAAAACGCGCACUCAUCCAUCAUCCAAUUCCACUGAUCGCAGAUGUGAAUGCACCGCUCAUCUGAGCGCUGAACAGGCUGCGCUCUUCUUUGUGCAUCAGUUCUCCUGCUAUAACAUAUUUCGCAUUAGCUCUGGCCACGGAUUCAGCGCCAGUAAGCUACUUUUGGAUACAUCAGUUAUUCAAAACUAUCUACAAAUGAUUUACACAAUUUUGUAUUGCUGAGGUAUUUCAAAGAAAAAUGUAAUAUAUACUAUAUUGCCUAUUUGACAUAUUAGACAUACCUGUUAUGUGGCAAUGACCGUCACCACUUUUUCCGUCACCACAAGAUACCACUGUGCGCAAUGGGAGAACAGGUGCAUUAUAUGUUAAGUGUAAGCCACAGGGCAGAAUGUUGCCUUCCGUUGGAUUUCCAGUGAUGGUCAGAAAAAUCAUGGCUGAAAUUAAACCAUUCCAAAAUGGAUCUAAUGUGACGUUAAAGUUUACAAAUAAAGGUGGGAUGUGACACUAGUGUCCCCUAUCUCAACCCUGAAACAGACUCAACCCAGCCCUCCUCCCUGUCAGUAUGGAUCUCUGGCCUCUCCUCCCAUCAUCCCCCAACCUCUCCCUCCCCGAGCCCCUGUACUAUGACAGCUACUUCCCAGGGAACGAGUCCGACCUGGGGUCCCGGAAUGACACUCCUGACGAGACCCAACAGGUCUUCGACAAGACCAGCUCCGUGGUUAUUACCUUCAUCUACUUCAUGGUCUGCGCCGUGGGCCUGACGGGCAACACCUUGGUGAUCUAUGUCAUCCUGCGCUACGCUAAGAUGAAAACAGUCACUAACAUUUACAUCCUGAACCUGGCCGUGGCUGACGUCCUCUGUAUGCUGAGUCUACCCUUUAUCGCCAUGCAGCUGGCCCUGGUCCACUGGCCCUUCGGCUCCGUGCUCUGCCGUCUGGUCAUGACCGUGGACUGCCUCAACCAGUUCACCAGCAUCUUCUGCCUCACGGUCAUGAGCAUCGACCGCUACCUGGCCGUGGUCCACCCCAUAAAGUCCACCAAGUGGCGGAAGCCACGUGUGGCUAAGAUCAUCAACCUGACCGUGUGGGGAGUGUCCCUGCUGGUCAACCUGCCAAUCAUGAUCUUCAGCGGUCUGAUGCCCAAUAAGAACGAGGCGUGGGUGUGUACCAUUGUGUGGCCAGAGCCUCAGGAGGCCUAUCAGACGGCCUUCAUGUUCUACACCUUCUUCCUGGGUUUCUUCCUGCCGCUCACAAUCAUCUGCCUCUGUUACCUGCUCAUCAUCGUCAAGGUGAAGUCGUCAGGCAUGCGCGUGGGCUCAACUAAGCGUAAGCGCUCGGAGAGGAAGGUGACCAGAAUGGUGUCAAUCGUAGUGGCCAUGUUCGUGCUCUGCUGGCUGCCCUUCUACGUGUUCAACGUCACCUCGGUGACGGGCACCAUCAACACCACGCCUGUCCUCAAGAGCACCUUUGAGUUUGUGGUGGUGCUGGGCUACGCCAACAGCUGUGCCAACCCCAUCCUGUACGCCUUCCUGUCGGACAACUUCAAGAAGAGCUUUCAGAACGUUCUGUGCUUGAAGAAGGUGGCGGGCCUGGAUGAGGCGGAGCGCAGCGACAGCCGCAUGGAGCGGACGCGCAUGGUCAAAGACGUCACCGCCGAAACGCGCAACGCAGCGCUGCUCAACGGCGAGCUGCAGACCAGUAUAUGACCUGUUUGCCAGAGUGUGUGAGACAGUGUUUGUGUGCGUGCUUGCUUGCAUGUGUACGCGUGUGUGUCUGUGUGCAGGUAUGAAAUCCGCAUAGUACUCGGUUCAUCUGAGGUGGCCGUGGGGCUGCUUGUGAGUAUCGUCACCCUGAACAGAUGGAUGGUCCUCUGCCCACUACCAGAGUGUAUGUAGACGAGUUAGAUAGACUAGUCAUUUUAACAUCACUCUCCUAUAAACUGCUGGGCAGUGGCCCAGGCACCAAGGGGGUCCAUACUGUCUUUUACAACAUACCUGUCAUGAUCCGUCUUGGAAAACAGAGAAAAAAGAUUGAUUUGAAGAAGACAAAAAAGAUGUCCUAUCAUGUUUCAUUGACAUGGAUUGAUUCAUACUGUCUUGAGAGCAGGAUAUAAGAGAAAGAACACCUUUGAUAAAGCAUCUUAUUUAUUGAUAAGGAAGAUGUUACUCGCCAAGUCAGAUCCCCUUUGACUGAAGCUGGAGACUUUCGAAUUCUGCAUCCAGGAAGGUUGGAAAUCCUAUCUGACUGCAUUCGUGAAGCUUCUCUGACUUCAAACAAGACAAUCUCGUCUGGAUGUAUAUACAGUGCCUUCGGAAAGUAUUCACACCUCUUUACUUAUCCACAUUUUGUUGUGUUCCCGCACAAAUGUAAAAUGGGUUCAAUUGAGUGUGUGUCACUGGCCUACACACAAUACCCCGUAAUGUCAAAGUUAAACAAGUAUUCAACCCCUUUGUUAUGGCAAGCAUACAAAUGUGCUUAAUAAGUCACAUACAGUAAUACGUUGCGUGGACUCACUCUGUGUGCAAUAAUAGUGUUUAACAUAAUUUUUGAAUGACUACCUCAUCUCUGUGCCCCACACAUACAAUUAUCAGUAAGGUCCCUCAGUCAAGCAGUGAAUUUCAAACACAGAUUCAACCACAUUGACCAGUGAGGUUUUCCAAUGCCUCACAAAGUAGGGCACCUAUUGAAUGGUUAAAAUAAAAACAAAGCAGAUAUUUCAUAUUCCUUUGAGCAUGUUGAAGUUAUUAAUUACACUUUGGACCGUGUAUCAAUAAACCCAGUCACUACAAAGAUACAGGCGCCCUGCCUAACUCAGUUUCCAGAGAGGAAGGAAACCGCUCAGAGAUUUCACCAUGAGGCCAAUGGUGACAUUAAAACAGUUACGGAGUUUGUACUGUAGUUACUCCACAAUACUAAACUAAUUGACAGACUGAAAAGAAGGAAGCUUGUACAGAAUAAAAAUAUUCCAAAACAUGCAUCCUGUUUGCAAAAAAGGCACUAAUGUAAAACUGCAAACAAAUGUAGCAAAGAAAUGAACUUUAUGUCUUGAAUACAAAGCAUUAUGUUUGGGGCAAAUCCAAUACUACACAUCACUGAGUACCACUCUUCAUAUUUUCACGCAUGGUGGUGGCUGCAUCAUGUUAUGGGUAUGCUUGUCAUCAGCAAGGACAAGGGAGUUUUUUUAGGAUAAAAAGAAACAGGAUAGAGCUAAGCACUUGGAAAAUCCUAGAUGAAAACUUGGUUCAGUCUGCUUUCCAACAGACACUGGGAGACAAAUUCACCUUUGAGAAGGACAAUAACCUAAAAUACAAGACCAAAUACACACUGGAGUUGCUUACCAAGAUUGCAUUGAAUGUUCCUGAGUGGCCUAGUUACAGUUUUGACUUAAAUUGGCUUGAAAAUCUAUGGUAAGACUUGAAAAUGGGUGUCUAGCAAUGAUCAAGAACCAACUUGACAGAGCUUGAAUAAUUUUUAAAAGAAUAAUGUGUAAAUAUUGUACAAUCCAGGUGUGCAAAGCUCAUAGACACUUACCCAGAAAGACUCAAAGCUGUAAUCCCUGCCAAAGGUGAUUCUAACAUGUAUUGACUCAGGGGUGUGAAAACUUACGUGAAUGAGAUAUUUCUGUAUUUAACUUUCAAUCCAUAUGCAAACAUUUCUGAAAAUGUUUUCACUUUGUCAUUACUCAGUUUUGUGUGAAGAUGGGUGAGAAAAAACAUAUAUUUAAUACAUUCUGAAUUGUAACACAGGUUGUAACACAACAAAAUGUGGAAUAAGUCAAAGGGUAUGAAUACUUUCUGAAAUGCACUGUAGACAUUUUCUGUGAUGUGUGUUUGCUCUCCUUGUAAAACCCAGUUCAGUUUCGAUCACACACUAUGUUUACUGCGCCUUGUUACUACCAUUCAUCUGUAGGAAGUCAUUACUCUCUGAUUUAUAUUUGGCUCAGACCUUAGAUGCUAGCACAGCCAAUGACGGGCAGAAUAAGAGAGCAUGCAUGCGAAUGAGAGUGAGGAGUGGUAACAGCAAUGAAAAGAAUAGCUUAUUAUCGGUUUAUAGCUCUUUUUGUCCCUUUGCUUCUUCCUUUAUUUAUAGAAUUUCAGAAUGCGAGAACAGAAAAACAGUACAACAUCCCCAACCCCUAUCCACCCACUCACCCAUCCCACCCAUCCACCAAGGUAUCAUACAAGGGUAUCACAGAAAAGUCCAUUAAAUAGGACCGAAACGUUAACAGUAAUAGAAACAAAAACAAUGGAAAAAGUGACAUCAAAUUCAUAAUUAUAGUUGAAUCUUAUCAGCACAACAUGUGGCCACUAGAACAGACAUGACUGCUUACUAAAAUAUACAAGUGACACUGUGUAAAAGACAGGCUCUCCACGUAUUGUAUGAAUGGAGACCAGGUUUAGUCUGACUUUUGUCGGGACCCAAGCACAGUGUACCUAAUCUUUAUCCAGAGACAGAGAUUAACUCCU